CCACAAUCCCACAACUCGAAUUGGCGAAUCGCAGGCCUGCUGGGCCACCUCCAUGCUCACGAGCCUAAUGUGACCUCGCAUCCCUCGCUGGGUGCGUUUCGUUUCGAAUCGCACGUCGAUCCCCGGGCAUCAUGGAUGUCCAUCGCGGAGAAGCUGUUCCUCAGUCCGGGGGCGUCCAGCGCCCAGCCAGGCAGGUGGUGCCUUCCAUCCCUGUAUUCAAUUGGUUCUACUGCGUGGAGCCACAACGGCCGGCUGGGGGGUUGCAUCCCAGCACGCCAAUCCCAGCACGCCUAUCCCAGCACGCCUGUGGUCUGGGCUGCCCUGGGACCAGGCCUGAGUUUGUUGCUCAAGCUCAAGCUUUAG